AUGUCCCUCUCGUUUCCCCCCCUUCUCCCUCUCGUUCUCCCCCCUUCCGCCUCUCCUUUCCCCCCCUUCCGCCUCUCGUUUUCCCCCCUUCUCCCUCUCAUUUCCCCCCCUCCUUCCUCUCGUUUCCCCCCCUUCCCCCUCUCGUUUCCCCCUCUCAUUUCCCCCCCUGCUCCCUCUCAUUUCCCCCCCUGCUCCCUCUCAUUUCCCCCCCUGCUCCCUCUCAUUUCCCCCCCUGCUCCCUCUCAUUUCCCCCCCUGCUCCCUCUCAUUUCCCCCCCUGCUCCCUCUCAUUUCCCCCCCUGCUCCCUCUCAUUUCCCCCCCUGCUCCCUCUCAUUUCCCCCCUGCUCACCCUCACUUCCCCCCCUGCUCACCCUCACUUCCCCCCUUUCUCCCUCUUCAUUUUCCCCUCUCCUUCCCCUCAUUUCGCCCUCCUUCCCCUCAUUCACUCUUUCCUUACCCUCAUCUCCCCCUCUCGUUCCUCGCAUUUCCCCUACUCCGUCCCCUCGUUUCCCCCUCCCCCCUCAUUUCAUCCUCUCGUUCCACAAAAUCCCCACCUCUCGUUUCCCACAUUUCCCCUUAUCCGUCCUCUCCUCUCCCUCUCUCCUUCCCCUCUUUUACCCCUCCCUCCCCUUAUUUUCCCCUCUUCCUCCCCUCAUUUUUCCCUCUCCUUUCCCUCAUUUCCCCCCUCCUUCCCCCCAUUUCCCUCGAGGAGGGUCCGGGUGA